UCGCCCCCCGCUCCGGCUAGAAGUCAGUGCCGUUCUGUUUCCGGUCCGCCGGCUCCCCUAGCGGGCGACCCGCGGGCCCCCGUCCCGGCUCUGAGGGCGCGGCUCCCGCUCCCCUCGCCACCCCGGUCUCUCCGUCUCCGCCGCUUCCUGCGCGACCCCGGGCCCGCGGGCGCCGCUGCUUUCCGGAGGCCGAGGCGGUGGGGACCCGCGUCUCUCGCCGCCUUCCCAGGUGAGAGCGUGGGCAUCGUCGCCGCGCGCAGGAGUUAGCAUAUGACCAAGAACCGGUGGUAUUGAAGGAAGAGAUCCAGCCUGAACUGAAGGCAUUGGCGAAAAGUAAGCCUCCAGGAAUUGACGGAAUACCAGUUGAGAUGUUUCAACAAGUGGACGCAGCGCUGCCACUUGUUCACUCACCUACGCCAAGAAAUUUGGAGGACAGGUACCAGGCCAUCCGACUGGAAGAGAUCCAUGUUUGUACCCUUCCAAAGAAAAGAGAUCCAACAGAAUGCGGAAGUUACUGAACAAAAUAUCACACCCAAGUAAACAUUUGCUGAAGAUCAUUCAAAAGCAGUUACAACAGAACGUAGACAGGAAUGUCCCAGAAAUUUAAGGCAGAUUCAGAAGAGGACAUGGAAUGGAGGGUAUCACUGCUGAUGUCAGAUGGAUCCUGGCUGAAAGCAGAGAAUACCAGAAACAUGUUUAUCUGUGUUUUACUGACUAUGCGAAGGCAUCUGACUGUGUGGAUCAUAACAAACUAUGGAUAACAUUGCUAAGAGUGGGAAUUCCAGAACACUUAAUUGUGCUCAUGAGGAACCUGUACUUAGACCAAGAGGCAGUCAUUCCAACAGAGCAAGGGGACACUGUGUGGUUUAAAGUCAGAAAAGGUGUGCGUCAGGGCUGUCUCCUUUCGCCAUACUUAUUCAAUCUGGUUUGGCACAAUGGCUGCAACCGUGGGCUCAAGCACAGCAACGAUUGUGAGGAUAGUGCAGAACUGGGCAGGGUUUCGGUCUGUUCUACGUGGGGUCUCUGAGGCGAAAUCGGCAGGACGGCACCUAACAACAACAGUGGCGUGGAGCACCUUUUCAUGCGUUCAUUGACUAUUUGUAGAUCAUCUUUGGUGAAAUGUCUAAGUUUUAUUCCCAGUUUGAAAAUGGUUUGUAUGUUGUUGAGUGGUAGGAGUUCUUUAUGUAUUCUGGGUACUGAACACUUCUGAAAUAUGUGAUUCCCAAGUACAGUGGCACCUGCAAAAGCCACAACCUGUGUAAAGCGGAAACCUGUCAGAAAAGGAAAAUUCGAAUAUUUUCCACUAAAACGAGCUGUAGAAAAGUUGUACGACUGUACCCUAUCAGAGGCAGAAUAGUUGUGAGACCCAGAAGAACAAGGCAGUCCCAUCACAUUCUGGCUCUCACAGGUUUCACUCUGUUUUCUCCCAUUCUGUAGUUUGUCUCUUCACUUUGCUGACAAAGAUCUUUGAGGCACAAGGGUUUUAAUUUAUCUGUUUUGUCUUUUACCGCUUGUGCUCUUGGUAUCAUUAUCUCAGAAUCUAUUGUUGAAAACUAGUGUAUGGAGAAAAUAAAUGUUCUUAUUUUUUAAAAUUGUAAAAAUAUUGCAAUGUCAAAAAGUUUAAAAUGCAUAGAGUAAAAAUGAUCAUCAAGCACCACUUGUAAUCUCAGCAUCGGUAGAAAAUGUGGCGUCUCGGCCUGUACAAGGCAAGGCCGUGGUAGCUCCAUAGAGACAGCCAAACUCCGUGAGGGACCCAGUUGCUGGGCUGAGGGCUGUGGGGACCGUGGUUUCAGGAACAUCUAGCCCAAUUGGCAAAACAUAUUUUAUAAAGAAUAUGUUCUAGAUUCUACUUUGGUGAGUAGCGUCUGGGGUCCUAAAAGCCUGUGAGCGGCCAUCUAGAAUACUCCGCUGGUCUCACCCUUUUGGGAGUAAGAAAGGAUAAAGAAAACUAAAGUUACAAGGGAAAGAUCAGUCCAAAGGACUUAUGGACCACAUCUACCACGGCCUCCACCACACUGAGUCCAGUACAAUGAGAUGGUGCCUGGCUACCACCACUGACUGCUGUGACAGGGAUCACAGUAGAGGGUUCUGGACAGAGCUGGAGAAAAAUGUAGAACAAAAUUCUAACUCAUAAAGAAAGACCAGUCUUGGUGGCCUGACAGAGAGACUAGAGAAACCCUGAGAGUAUGGCCCCUGGACACCCUUUUAACUCAGUAAUGAGGCCACUUCUGAGGUUCACCUUUCAGCCAAAGAUUGAACAGGCCCAUGGAACAAAACAAGACUAAAGGGGCCGUUAGUCCCAGCCCUGGAAGGCAGGUGGGAACAGGAAAGCUGGUAAUAGGGAACCUAAGGUUGACAACGGAGAGUGUUGACAUGAUGUGAGGUUGUUAACCAAUGUCAUACAACAGUGUGUAUACUAAUUGUUUGAUGAGAAACUAGUUUGUUCUGUAAACCUUCACCUAAAGUUCAAUAAAAAAAAAAAAAAAUGUGGUGUCUUUUAUUUUUCCCUUUUCUUCCCUAGAGAUCAGUAUUCUUAAAGGACUCCUUUUUUGCACUGGAGUUCCCCUUGGAGACAUGACCAGUAAUGUGGUCACUUCAUGUGAAAGCCAAAGCUUCAUUCAAAACUACUGAAUUUUCCUAGUUCACUUACUAAGAAUUGUCCCUCAGAUAAAGCCACAAUAUCAACUCACAUUUCUUUUUUUGUGUGUAUGUGCUUUAGGCGAAAGUUUAUAGCUCAAGUUAGUUACACAUACAAAAAUUUAUACACACAUUGUUAUGUGACCUUAGCUGCUAUCCCUAUAAUGUGACCGCACAUUCCUCCUUUCCACCCCGGAUUUCCUGUGUCCAUUCAACCAGCUCCUGUCCCCCUCUGCCUUCUCAUCUCGCCUCCGGACAGGAGCUGCCCAUUUAGUCUCGUGUAUCUACUUGAACUAAGAAGCACACUCUUCACGAGUAUCGUUUUAUGUCUUAUAUAGACUUACAUUUCUUAAAGUCCUAAUCCAUGCCAGAGCUGUGCUCUUCCUUUCCUUUAGCUUGAAGUUUCAGAAGUGGGAAUGGAGCCUGCUUCAGAGGGCACAGUUGGAUUCUUUGUGGCCCAGAGCAGACAACCUACAGGUUGAGAUGUGGGCUCUUGGGUACCAAUGGACUCAAGACACCAAACCCUUCCCGUAGUCCACCUGGUCCAGUAUGGACUGCUUGUCUCUGAAACCUAACAUGUUCAAAACAGAGCUUUUAAAAUUUCACCUGAACAAGUCUGCUUCUCACCUGGCUUUCUCAACCAGUAAGUGGCAUCAGCAUCCAUUCACUAGAUUAGGGGAAAUAGUCCAAGCUGCUCUGUGAGAGAUCUACCUUGUGAAAGCAGCCUCUGAACUUUCCUCUAGUCACAAAAAGGUAUAAUCUCUGAAACUCCACUGGUCUUACCCCUUCAAAAGCGGGGGGGAAUGAAGAAAACUAAAGAUACAAGGGAAAGAUUAGUCCAAAGGACUAAUGGACUUCAGCUACCGUGGCCUCCACCAGACUGAGUCCAGAACAGCUAGAUGGUGCCUUGCUACUUCUCUGACAGGGAUCUCAAUAGACAGCCAUGGACAGAAAGAAAAUAUAUAUAUAUACAUGUAUAUAUAUAUAGAACAAAAGUCUAACUCACAGAAAGAGGCCAGCCUUACUGGCCUGACAGAGACUGAACAAACCUCGAGAGUAUGGCCCCCAGACACCCUUUUAGUUCAGUAAUGAAGUGACUCCUGAGGUUUACCCUUCAUCCGAAGAUUGGACAGGCCCAUGAAACAAAAGAAGAUGAAAGGGGCACACCAGGCCAGGGCCAAGGACUAGAAGGCAGGAGGGGACAGGAAAGCUGGUAAUAGGGAGCCCAAGGUCGAGAAGGGAGAGUAUUGAUAUGUUGUGGGGUUGGCAACCAAUGUCAUAAAACAGUAUGUGUAUUAAUUGUUUAAUAAGAAGCUAGUUUGCUCUGUAAACCUUCAUCUAAAGUACAAUAAAAAAAAAUGGAAUGAAAUAAUAAAAUGGCUGCCUUUAUUAAUCAGAAGCAUUUUAGGAUUUUAAUAAAAAUAAAAAGAAGGUAUAAUCUCCACCCAGCAGCAAGAGGCAUAUUUAAACAAUGUAACCCAAGUAAGCUAUCAGUCACGCAUAAAACCCACAUAUGUUUUACGUUGGCGAAGAGGAUCCUACACGUUCAGGCUUACGUAUAGCUUUUUGACUUAAAUACAUAACCCCCUCAUGUUGGACAAGUCUUUGACACAUUUUUAAAACACGUUUCCAAAGAUGUCAGGAUUUUCCCUGCCUUUCAGCCUUUGCAUCCGGUGUUUUUUCUGAUUAGAGAAAAACUGUUUAACCACAGGAAUUUGAUAAUUCUUAUAAUUCAGGUCUCACUUCAGAUGUCAGCAACUCAGAGAGUGGCCCUUCUGUCCCCUCAGUUUCUCCCACUCAUUUUUAUGUUUAAAUAUCAUUGUGGGUUUCAGAAUGAGGUAAAUCCAAUUUAGGUUGACAUUAAACUUCGUCAUGUAAAUACAAGAAAUUGAGCUGAAUGUUACCUUUGCUUGGACCAGUUCUGUUUCCGUAUGCAACAAGCUUCCAGCAGACAAAAAGCCGUGAAGCUCUGCUUUGUCCUGAUGGCAGCUUUCGUGCCCUCUCUGCCGUGUUGGCCUCUUAGGGCUGUGAUGGCCACUCGAGCUGUGACGGCCACUAGCCAGAUCUUGCUGUUUCAAUUAAUUAUACUUAGAAGUUCAGUUUCUUAAUUGCAGUAGUCACAUGUUCUGUGCUAACCAGCUACAAGGGGCUAGUGGCUAAAUAUCGGACUGUGCAGGAACAAAACAUGCCUGUCUUCAGAGAAAAUUCACUUAGUGCUGCUCAAGAAUAUACACAAGUGAUAAUCUGUGUGCGUCCUCAGUGAUCAGAGCCACAGGCCAGAAGGAACAAGAAAACAAAAUACAGCGUCUGCCCAUAGACUUACAGUCCAAAAUGAGAGACAGUUUUAAAUAAAUAAUGAAAAACCAGAGACGUCUGAUACCUGUAAUGAAAAGACCUAACCCGAGAGUCAGGCUAGACUGCUUGAAAGGGAAAAUUACUGAAAUGAACAGUCAGAAGAUUAGUUUUAUUUAGGUCUGUACAGAGAAACUGUGUGUGUAUGUGGGGCGGAUUGUUUGUGUGAGCCAGGCUACACAAUUCAAAAUGAAUGAAACUCGAAAAAUAUGUUCUUCCUGUCAGUUCCCCCGUGUUAAUAUCCAAUAACGAUGCAUAUGUUGAUCUGUAAGGCACAGAGUUACAUAGGUGAACCCCCAACUUCAACAUUGGAUCCCUGACUCCCUGGAGGAAAUCAGGUUCACGUUUUGCAGCCUGACCAGGCCUGGCUGCUCCUCCUGCUCCGGGAGAAGUAAGUUCCACCGUCUGUGAUCUCGUUGCAGAAAGCGGAGGCCCACGGAGCUGCCUGAAGAGCGCAGGUGUAUGCUCUGGAGGCUGCGGCCUGUUCUGCCUUCAGUGCAGUAGGGUGGAGCAUUGCCCUGAGCCUGGGAGGAAGCCAAAGACCUGUCCCUCCCUGCUUCCUCAACACUGUUUGCUCCCUGUCCUUCUUCCGUUUCAGGUCUCAGGUGUGGUGCAGGGAGAACUAGUCCAGUCCAGGCAGCUGGGAAUCUGGGGCUACCAUCUUGCACAUCCGUAAAUCACAAGCCAGGAUUUCAGCUGCUUUUGCUGGAAUGUCCACCAAACAUUAUUCAUCUCCUUCCGAACUGCCCAGUGCUCGGUUUUCACUUCAAGUAAUGGCUGCUUCUUGGGCUUAGAGACGACAUUCCGUUAGACUUCCGGAAGUUGGAGAAGGAAAUGGACUCAGUGGUCAUUGAGGAUGUGGCCGUGGUCUUUAGCCAGGAAGAGUGGUCUUUGCUGGAUCUUGCUCAGAGGAAACUCUACAGAGAUGUGAUGAUGGAAACCUUUAGAAACCUUGCCUCAAUAGUCUCUCAAAACCUUAAUGAUGGAGAAAAAUCAUUAUCCAGUGAACAUAUAGUGGUGCAGUUCGUGAAGAAUAACACCUGGUCCUCCAUGUUAGAAGAAAUCUCUGAAUCACAUGCCAGUAAAGAUCAGCAUAAAAACCAGAGGAGAUAUUUGAGAAGUCAUACAGUAGACAACCUCUGUGAAAGUAAUGAAGGAAAUCAUUGUGGAAAAACCUUCAGCCGGAUUCUAAAUAUUACUGUGCUAAAAAGAAACCCUCCAGAAGUAAAUCUUUUUGAAUGCUGUGCGUGUGGAAAAGCCUUCAUGGAUCACUCAUCACAUAAACAUCAUAUUAGAACUCACACUGGAUCUGAUGUCUGUCAGUGUAAGGAACGUGAAAAAGCCUUUAGGCAGUUUUCAACCCUCACUCAACAUGUAAGGACAUGCAGUGGUGAGAGGCCUUAUGAAUGUAAGGAAUGUGGGAAAGCCUUCAGUCGGUCAUCACACCUCACUACACAUAUAAGAACUCACACUGGCGAGAAGCCCUAUGACUGUAAGGCAUGUGGGAAAGCCUUUAGUGAUUCCAGAGCACUCAUUAAGCAUACAAGAACUCACACUGGAGAGAGGCCCUAUGAAUGUAAGGAAUGUGGGAAAGCCUUUAGGCAACUCUCACACCUCACUAAUCAUUUAAGAACUCACAGUGGAGAGAGGCCUUAUUUAUGUAAGGAAUGUGGGAAAACCUUCAGGCAAGCCUCACACCUCAGUAUACAUAUAAGAAAUCACAGUGGUGAGAAAACUUAUCAAUGUAAGGAAUGUGGGAAACCCUUUUCUCGUUCCUCAUUCCUCAUUGCACAUAUAAGAACUCACAGUGGAGAGAGACCUUAUGUAUGUAAGGAAUGUGGGAAAGCCUUUAGGCAGCUCUCUGCCCUGGCUACACAUACAAGAACUCACAAUGGAGAGAGACCUUAUGAAUGUAAUCAGUGUGGGAAGUCAUUUAUUUCUUCCUCAACCCUUACUAUUCAUAUGAGAACUCACAGUGGAGAGAGACCUUAUGAAUGUAAGGCAUGUGGAAAAGCCUUUAUUGAUUCCUCAGCCCUUACUACACAUAUAAGAACUCACAGUGGAGGAAGACCUUAUGAAUGUAUGGAAUGUGGCAAAACCUUUAGGAGCUCUACACACCUCACUAAGCAUAUAAGAACGCACAGUGGAGAGAGACCUUAUGUAUGUCAGGAAUGUGGGAAAGCCUUUAGGCAGCUCUCGGUCCUCACUACACAUACUAGGACACACACUGGUGAGAGGCCUUAUAAAUGUAAGGAGUGUGGGAAAACCUUUAGGAGUUCUUCAAACCUCAGUACUCAUAGAAGAAUUCACACUGGAGAGAGACCUUAUGAAUGUAAGGAAUGUGGGAAAUCCUUUAGUAAUGCCUCAAACCUCACUACACAUAUAAGGACUCACAGUAGAAAGAGGCCUUAUGAAUUAUGAAUGUAACCAGUGUGGGAAAGCCUUUAGUUGUUCCUCACCCUUCACUAUCUAUAUAAGUACAAAGGAGAGACACCUUAUGAAUGUUAGGAAUGUGGGAAAUACUUUAGUGUUUCCUCACACCUCAGUACACAUAGAACUCAGUGCAGAGUCUGUGUCAAAAGUGGGGUGUUUCAUCCUUACUACCAUAAUCUCAAACAGCAAAUUUCUCAUAGUUUGUGUUUAAAGAACAAAGUUUCUCAAUAAGCAUAACAGCAAUACUAACUCAAAGAAGGGGUCAUUACAGCAACUUUGUGCCUUUUGGAGACGUGACAGUUUCAUUUCAACUGCAGAGCUGUCCUAAUCACUGUUUGUUACCUUCUCAGUCUAAGCUAAGCUUUACCUUUCUUAAAGUGUUUGGCUAUUACAAAUCACAAUGCAGGGUAUAGCCUUGAACAGAUGUGCUUUUAUAUUUUUUAAUGUUUUACUGAUGUUAUUUUUUGUACAAUAAAAUACACUGAUCUUUUAUUUUGUUUGAGUAUUUUGUUUCUAUAUUUAUCGUGUUUCCUUCCAGUUUUUUCUAUUGUAAAGUUAACUAUUUUACCUUUUAUAAUGAGUAAGGUUCUCAUAGGGUCAUAUGUUUAGAUUGCAAGUACUGUAUUUCAUCAUACUUUUUUGGCCUACUAAUUUUGCUGUACAUUAACAAUUAUUAUCUGUGGUUAUUAAUACUGUGGUGUUUACUAAACGGUAUUUCCUGUUGUCAUCAUUUCUUCUGUAUUUAUUAAUUGCUAUUCUGCAAGGAAUAGCUUUUCCUUUUCUCCUUUUGAUUUAUUUAUUAAAUUGUUUAUGCCAGUAUAUGCUAAUCCAGCUUCUUUUUCAAUUUGUGGUCCCAUGGUGGCUUGCAUGUUGCUGUGAUGCUGGAAGCUAUACCACCAGUAUUUAAAAUACAAGCAGGGUCACCCAUGGUGGACAGUUUUCAGUGAAGCUUCUAGACCUAUGCAGACUAGGAAAAAAGUCCUGGCUGGCUACUUCUGAAAAAAAUUGGCCAUUGACAACCUUAUGAAUAGCAGCAGGACAUUCUCUGAAAUUGUGCCGGCAGACAAGCCUCUCAGGAUGGAAGGCACUCAAAUGUACAACUAGGGAAGAGCUGCCAUCUUAAAGUAGAGUUGCCAUAAUGAUGUGGAUGGGGUAAAGCUUUUGGGACCUUCAUUUGUUGAGGUGGCACAUCUCAAAAUGAGAAGAAAUGGAUGCAAAUUUCCAUUAAUAAUUGGAAUGUGGAAUGUAUGAAGUAUGUGUAGAGGAAAAUUGGAAGUUGUGGAAAAAAAUGUAAUGGAACACAUAGAGAUCGAUAUCGUAGGCAUUAGUGAGCUAAAUGGACUGUAUUGACCUUUUUGAAUCUGACACUCAUGUGGUCUUCUGUGCUGGGAAUGACAAAUUGAAGAGGAAUGUCAUCAUAUUCAUUAUCAAAAAGAACAUUUCAAGAUUUAUCCUGAAGUACAACACAGUCAGUGAUAGAAUAAUAUCCAUAUGUGUACAAGGGAGACCAAUUAAUAUGACUAUUAUUCAAAUUUACACACCAACCACUAAGGCCAAAUGUGAGUAAAUUUGAAGAUUUUUACCAAAUUCUGGAGUUUGAAGUGGAUCAAACAUGCAGUCAAGAUGCAUGAUCAUUACUUGUGAUUGUAGUGUGAAAAUUCAAAAUGAAGAAAGAUCAGUAGUUGGAAAAUAUGGCCUUGGUGAUAGAAAUGAUGCUGGAGAUCACAUGAUAGUAUUGUAAGACCAAUGAUUUAUUCAUUGCAAAUGCCUUUUUCAGUAACAUAAAUACUGCCUAUACUCAUAGACCUUACCAGAUGAAAUACAAAAGAAUCAAAUCAACUCUGUGCAAAUAACUGGAGUUAGGAAACUAAAAGGGAAGAACACACUGAGCAUUUCUCAAGCUGAAAGAACUGAAGAGAAAAUUCAAGCGUUGAGUUGCAAUAUUGAAGGAUUCUAUGUGGAAAAUACUGAACAGUGCAGGAAGCGUCAAAAGAAAAUGGAAGGAAUACACAGAGACACUGUACCAAAAAGCAUUGUUCAAUGCUUAAUCAUUUCAGAAGGUAGCAUAUGAUCAAGAAAUAAUGAUACUUUUCUUAGUGAUCCAGUCCCAGUAUAAUAGAAAUAAUAGAAAUACCACAAGUGGAUGGCUUCAACAAAGAGAAUUUUAUUCUCUCACUGUUUAGGAGAAGUCCAAGUUGAGGGUGUACCAGCUACAGAGGAAGGCUUUCUAUCAGUUCUGGGGGAAGGUCCUUGUCAUCAAUCUUCCCCAGUCAAGGAGCUUCUUAGCACAGUGUCCCCACGUCCAAUGAACACACUAUUCUCUUGGUAUUUGUUUCUUAGUGGCAUUAGGUUCCCCUGUCUCUCUGUUCACGUCCGUCUUUAAUAUCUCGGAUUACCUUUAGAUAAAACCUAAUCUUGUAGAUUGACUCCUGCAUAGUUAACUGCCUCAUUCCCAGCUCAUUAACAUCAUAGAGGUAGGAUUUACAACGCAUAGGAAAAUCAGAUUAGAUGACAAAAUGGUGGACAAUCACAAUACAGGGAAUCAUGGGCUAGCCAAGUUGAC